UUUUCUUAAGCGGCGGCGGCGGUGGUGGCGGCGGCAGCAGCGGCAGCAGCAGCAAGAAGAGAAGCAGCUCCAGCUAUGACUGCCGCAUGUUAAUAGCUACCGCUUGGGUUCCUGGGCUGCCGCUGGAGACUGAGCCUGACUCCGAAGUUGUGCAACUGUGAACUGGGAGAGACAUUUGAACCCUCCUUUCUCUUUGCUCCGCUUUUGCCCCCUUGGGGUGUGUGAAGAGAGGAAACGUAAAGGACGACAAGCAUUUGGCUUUCCCUCUUUCUCUUUCUCCACGGCUGUGUUGCAGAAGAAAGGGAAGAGAGACUUUUGUUGUUGUUUUCUUGACUGGGGUCUCCACCCUCCUGCUGCCUUCUCUGUGCUUUAUCAUUUUUUUUUUUUUGGCCGCGUGUGGUGGGGGUGCCUUUGCUGGGGCCAGUCCAUCUUUUGCCCCGGGCUCUAUGGCUGGAUUGUGGAAACUGCACCCCGCUGCAGGUUGUUGAGCGACUGAUGGGACGAUCUCAGGGACCCGCGGUUGCAGAAGGAAUGUUUAAUUUGUUAAGUUGGAGGAAAAAACAUGGAUUUUUAGUAAUUGAAGAACAAACUAAGGUUUCAUAUUUGGAAUAUUGGUGUUUCAAUUUUUGAGGAAUUUUUCUUUUACUUUUUGAUUUUGUUUUAAUUUUUAAUUAUCAAUCUUGGAGUACAGAAGAGGAACCACAAACACAGUGACUUUGUUUCACGUUUGAAACAUACAUUCUUGAGGAAUUCUCACGCCCAAGCCCACAGCCAUGUGGCCAUCACAGCUACUAACYUUCAUGAUGCUCUUAGCACCAAUAGUUCAUGGUGGCAAGCACAGUGAGAGACAUCCAGCCCUUGCUGCUGCACUGAGACAUGCUGAGCGCAGCCCAGGAGGCGCUCUACCACCCAGACAUCUCCUUCAGCAGCCAUCUGCGGAGCGUGCUACUGCUCAUCGUGGACAAGGGCCUCGUGGAGCUGCCAGAGGAGUUCGUGGUCCAGGUGCCCAAGGAGCACAGAUUGCAGCCCAAGCUUUCAGCAGAGCCCCAAUCCCAAUGGCAGUGGUCCGCAGAGAGCUCUCCUGUGAGAGCUACCCCAUCGAGCUCCGCUGUCCAGGAACAGAUGUCAUCAUGAUCGAAAGUGCCAACUAUGGGAGGACUGACGACAAAAUCUGUGACUCCGACCCUGCUCAGAUGGAGAAUAUCCGAUGUUAUCUGCCAGAUGCCUAUAAGAUUAUGUCUCAAAGAUGCAAUAACAGAACCCAAUGUGCAGUGGUGGCAGGCCCUGAUGUUUUUCCAGACCCAUGUCCAGGAACCUAUAAAUACCUUGAAGUGCAGUAUGAAUGUGUCCCUUACAAAGUGGAACAAAAAGUUUUUCUUUGUCCUGGACUACUAAAAGGAGUAUACCAGAGUGAACAUUUGUUUGAGUCUGACCAUCAGUCUGGGGCAUGGUGCAAAGACCCUCUUCAGGCUUCUGACAAGAUUUAUUAUAUGCCCUGGACCCCCUACAGAACUGAUACCUUGACUGAAUAUUCAUCCAAAGAUGACUUCAUUGCUGGAAGGCCAACUACUACCUACAAGCUCCCUCAUAGGGUGGAUGGCACAGGAUUUGUUGUGUAUGAUGGAGCUUUGUUCUUCAAUAAAGAACGCACCAGGAACAUAGUAAAGUUUGAUUUGCGGACUAGGAUAAAGAGUGGAGAGGCUAUCAUAGCAAAUGCCAAUUACCAUGAUACCUCCCCUUACCGAUGGGGAGGCAAAUCUGACAUAGACCUGGCAGUGGAUGAAAAUGGGCUCUGGGUCAUCUAUGCAACAGAACAAAACAAUGGUAAAAUCGUCAUUAGUCAGUUGAACCCUUAUACCCUGCGGAUUGAAGGGACAUGGGAUACUGCAUAUGAUAAAAGGUCAGCUUCCAAUGCAUUUAUGAUUUGUGGGAUUCUGUAUGUGGUCAAAUCUGUAUAUGAGGAUGAUGACAAUGAGGCCACCGGGAAUAAGAUUGACUACAUUUACAAUACCGACCAAAGCAAGGAUAGUCUGGUGGAUGUUCCUUUUCCCAAUUCGUAUCAAUACAUAGCAGCUGUGGAUUACAACCCCAGGGACAACCUACUCUAUGUGUGGAAUAACUAUCAUGUAGUGAAAUAUUCCUUGGACUUUGGACCUCUGGAUAGUAGAUCAGGACAAGCACAUCAUGGACAGGUUUCCUAUAUCUCUCCACCAAUUCACCUUGACUCUGAGCUGGAGAGACCCCCUAUUAGAGGAAUCUCUACUACAGGACCUCUGGGCAUUGGAAGCACCACCACAAGUACCACCCUUCGGACUACAACUUGGAGCCCAGGAAAGAGUACCACCCCAUCAGUGUCAGGAAGAAGGAACCGGAGCACCAGCACCCCAUCUCCAGCUGUGGAGGUUCUUGAUGACAUAACCACUCACAUACCAUCAGCAUCCUCCCAGGUCCCAGCUUUGGAAGAGAGCUGUGAGGCUGUGGAAGCUCGAGAAAUCAUGUGGUUUAAGACCCGUCAAGGACAAAUAGCAAAGCAGCCAUGCCCUGCAGGAACUAUAGGUGUGUCAACUUACCUAUGCCUUGCUCCUGAUGGAAUUUGGGACCCCCAAGGACCAGAUCUCAGCAACUGUUCUUCUCCUUGGGUCAAUCAUAUAACACAGAAGUUGAAAUCUGGAGAGACAGCUGCCAAUAUAGCUAGAGAACUAGCUGAACAGACCAGGAAUCACCUGAAUGCUGGGGACAUCACCUACUCAGUCCGGGCCAUGGACCAGCUGGUAGGCCUCCUUGAUGUCCAGCUCAGGAACUUGACGCCAGGUGGAAAGGACAGUGCUGCCCGCAGUUUGAACAAGCUUCAGAAAAGAGAGCGCUCUUGCAGAGCCUAUGUCCAGGCAAUGGUCGAGACAGUUAACAACCUCCUUCAGCCACAAGCUUUGAAUGCUUGGAGAGACCUGACUACAAGUGAUCAACUACGUGCAGCCACCAUGCUGCUUGACACCGUGGAGGAGAGUGCCUUUGUGCUGGCUGAUAACCUUUUGAAGACUGACAUUGUCAGGGAGAACACAGACAAUAUUCAACUAGAAGUUGCAAGGCUGAGCACAGAAGGAAACUUAGAAGACCUAAAAUUUCCAGAAAAUAUGGCCCAUGGAAGCACUAUCCAGCUUUCUGCAAAUACUUUAAAGCAGAACGGCCGCAAUGGAGAGAUCAGAGUGGCCUUUGUCCUUUAUAACAACUUGGGUCCUUAUUUGUCCACGGAGAAUGCCAGUAUGAAGUUGGGCACAGAAGCUAUGUCUACAAAUCAUUCCGUUAUUGUCAAUUCACCUGUUAUUACAGCAGCAAUAAACAAAGAGUUCAGUAAUAAGGUUUAUUUGGCUGAUCCUGUGGUGUUUACUGUUAAACAUAUCAAGCAGUCAGAGGAAAAUUUCAACCCUAACUGUUCAUUUUGGAGCUACUCCAAGCGCACAAUGACAGGUUAUUGGUCAACUCAAGGCUGUCGGCUUCUGACAACAAACAAGACACAUACUACUUGCUCUUGUAACCACCUAACCAAUUUUGCAGUACUUAUGGCACAUGUGGAAGUUAAGCACAGUGAUGCAGUCCAUGACCUUCUUUUGGAUGUGAUUACAUGGGUUGGAAUUUUGCUGUCUCUUGUUUGUCUCCUGAUCUGCAUCUUCACAUUUUGCUUUUUCCGCGGGCUCCAGAGUGACCGUAACACCAUCCAUAAGAACCUCUGCAUCAGCCUUUUUGUAGCAGAGCUGCUCUUCCUCAUUGGAAUCAACCGAACUGACCAACCAAUCGCCUGUGCCGUUUUCGCUGCCCUCUUACAUUUCUUCUUCCUGGCUGCCUUCACCUGGAUGUUCUUGGAGGGCGUGCAGCUGUACAUCAUGCUGGUGGAGGUUUUCGAGAGUGAGCACUCACGGAGGAAGUACUUCUACUUGGUGGGCUAUGGGAUGCCCGCACUCAUUGUGGCUGUGUCUGCGGCUGUGGAUUACAGGAGUUAUGGGACAGACAAAGUAUGUUGGCUCCGACUUGACACCUACUUCAUUUGGAGUUUUAUAGGACCAGCGACCUUGAUAAUUAUGCUUAAUGUAAUCUUCCUUGGGAUUGCUUUAUAUAAAAUGUUUCAUCAUACUGCUAUACUGAAACCAGAAUCAGGCUGCCUUGAUAACAUCAACUAUGAGGAUAACAGACCCUUCAUCAAGUCAUGGGUUAUAGGUGCAAUAGCUCUUCUCUGCCUGUUAGGAUUGACCUGGGCCUUUGGACUCAUGUAUAUUAAUGAAAGCACAGUCAUCAUGGCGUAUCUCUUCACCAUUUUCAAUUCUCUACAGGGAAUGUUUAUAUUCAUUUUCCAUUGUGUCCUACAGAAGAAGGUACGAAAAGAGUAUGGGAAAUGCCUGCGAACACAUUGCUGUAGUGGCAAAAGUACAGAGAGUUCCAUUGGCUCAGGGAAAACUUCUGGUUCUAGAACUCCUGGACGCUACUCUACAGGCUCACAGAGCCGAAUUCGUAGAAUGUGGAAUGAUACGGUCCGAAAACAGUCAGAGUCCUCAUUUAUUACUGGAGAUAUAAACAGUUCGGCAUCACUCAACAGAGGAGCCAUGGCUAAUCAUCUUAUAAGCAAUGCUCUGCUUCGUCCGCAUGGUACUAACAAUCCCUAUAAUACAUUGCUUGGGGAACCGGCGGUCUGUAACAACCCUUCUGUCAGCAUGUACAACGCACAAGAGGGGCUUCUGAACAAUGCCAGGGAUACAAGUGUCAUGGAUACUCUACCACUGAAUGGUAACCAUGGCAAUAGUUACAGCAUUGCCAGCGGCGAGUACCUGAGCAACUGUGUGCAAAUUAUAGACCGAGGCUAUAACCAUAAUGAGACCGCCCUAGAGAAAAAGAUUCUGAAGGAACUCACUUCCAAUUACAUCCCUUCUUACCUGAACAACCACGAGCGUUCCAGCGAACAGAACAGGAAUCUGAUGAACAAGCUGGUGAAUAACCUCGGCAGUGCAAGUGAAGAUGAUGCCAUUGUCCUCGAUGAUGCCACAUCCUUCAAUCAUGAGGAGAGUCUGGGCCUGGAACUCAUUCAUGAAGAAUCGGAUGCUCCUUUGCUGCCCCCAAGGGUUUACUCCACGGAGAACCACCAGCCACACCACUACAGCAGAAGGCGGAUUCCCCAAGACCACAGUGAGAGCUUUUUCCCUUUGCUAACCAACGAGCACACAGAAGAUCUCCAGUCACCCCACAGGGACUCCCUCUAUACCAGUAUGCCAGCACUGGCUGGUGUGCCCGCCGCAGAGAGCGUUACCACCAGCACCCAGACCGAACCCCCAGCGGCCAAAUGUGGUGAUGCCGAAGAUGUUUACUACAAAAGCAUGCCAAACCUAGGCUCCAGAAACCACGUCCAUCAGCUGCACACUUACUACCAGCUAGGGCGCGGCAGCAGUGAUGGAUUCAUAGUUCCUCCAAACAAAGAUGGGACCUCUCCGGAGGGAAGUUCAAAAGGACCUGCUCAUUUGGUCACUAGUCUAUAG